AUGCGUUUGUUUAAAACGAAAAAACUUCUCGAAGGUCCACCGCAAGUGUUUGCCCGGGUUUCCGGCGGUGGUCCGCCGGCAGAGGUCCACACGUCGACGGCCGUCUCCACGUCGUUCCCCCAUAAUGACAUUAUCGUGGCCCCCGGAACACUAGGGCAGCUGGUUCAAUCAGAGGGCAAACCGAUCGCCGAAUCACCCGGACCGGCCAACGGUGAUCCGCCGGUGCCGGUGACCGAAAAAACCAAUCAACUGACCCCCGGGGGAAGCCCGUCCGCGGUGAUGAGUGAUAACAUUGGCAGUAUUAUUAACAACGGGCCAACGACAGCAUCGGGUAGCAUCGUCGAGGCGCAGUGCGAAAGCAUUCGAUUAACGUCGGAAACGGCACGCAAUCAGUGUCUUGCGCAAGGCUUGCCGAUGGCGCCGCCGGGGGUGCCGCCGCCGACGGUCGCAUCGCUACCGGGGCCGGGUGGCGGCCCAUCGAUACUGGCCACCGUGGCCACCGAGGCACGUCAAUCGAUGCAACACCAACACCUUCCGGCCGGCCCUGGCUCGGCGCAGCAGCAGCAGCAGCUAACGUGCCCGGCACCGAUCAACGUACGCAACAACGGCAUCGGUUCACUGGCUGGGGGCUUUCGGGUGGUGACCGCCGUGCCGGCGAUGGUUCUCGAGGACGACUCGCUGGUCUCGCCGUUCACGCCCGUUCCACCGCCACCACCACCAUCGUUGUCGGCCGCCGUCGCCACCAUCAAGGAGAGCAAGAAUGUAUUCACAUGGGGCCGCAAGAUGGGCAAAAAGUUCGAUCUCCUUCGCCGUGGCAGCGACGCACACAAGCUGGCCGUCCCGGGUAGCGUGGCACUGAUCGCGGUAGCUCCACCGGUAGUCCCGCCAUCUGCAUCGUCCCCAUCAUCAUCACCAUCGUCGUCGUCGUCGUCAUCGUCGUCAACGUCCUCCGGGUACUCCAGUGGCUCGAACAACUCCGAGCCCAACUCGAUCGUGGCCGACGGCGUGAAGAAGACAAAGCCCACGCCACCAUUAAAAGUGCAGCAUCAAAGCCAAAGCCAGCAGCAGCAGCAGCAGCGAACCCCGAACGGCGAUCGGUGCUCCAGUCAUGAUCCUCUCGUGAAGCUCAAUUCGGAGCGCUCGUCCGGCACUUUCCGGAACUUCUUCUACCGCAUGGGAUCCACCGGAAUGCUCAAUCACAAGUCGAACCACUACCAGAAGCAACAAUUCGUGCAGCAGCCGCAACAGCAGCAACAACAGCAACAACAGCAACAUCAACACCGUCAAUCGCCACAUCAACUGGCGAUGGCGGCGAUGUCACAGUCAGGGGAUUCGAGCCGAGUGGACAACCACCACCAACAGCAGCAGCAACUACUGUACCGUAGCAGUUCCACCAGCCAGCUCAACACCUCGUCGUACGUCAAAUGUGACGACCCAACGGACGGUGUCAAUCUCGCGAACGGCGGUCACUCAAAGACGGCGGCCAGCUGCUCCUCUCAGCUGCACCUCAGUGGACUAACCGACCCAGUCACCACCGCCCAGGGCCAACCGAGCGCUUCCGGUGUGACGACAGCGCCCAAUGCGUCCGCCACGAAGUCGUCCAGUUGUGAUGACAUCGCCCGCGUUGGCCAAUCAACAUCCUCCACGAACCAGCAGCAGCAGCAGCAGCUCGCUGACACCGGCUCCAAGAAGAACCACUUUCCGUACGCGUUCCUCCGCUCGAAGCUGUCGGUGCUGCCGGAGGAGAACGGUGGCUCGGUGAUCAACUACAGUCGCAUCAAGGAGAACCUGCUGCGGGCCGGGAACCGCGGUUCCAUCGUGAGUCUGCGCUCCGAUCUGGACAGUGUCUCGAUCACGGACUCGCAGCUCAACAUCUCGACGCUCGACAGUUCGCCCGACAGCGAUGGCCAACGGUCGAUCGUGAGUGAUCGUGAGACUAACCUGGGGCCGAUGUCACGGAACAACUCGAUCAAAACGCUCACCGAUACCGAGCAUGGUUUCGUGCUGAACUAUCAGCGACUGAGCAGCUGUUUGAGCAGCAACGAGUCCGGGUACGAUAGUGACGGGCGCCACGCCGAGGAUAAGAUCGAUGACCAGAGCAUCAAUCUGUCGCUGGUCAGCAGCGUCAGUGGGUCGGGCGCCGGGGGGCCGUCGGUGGCUGUUGGUGGCUGUAGCGAUUCGUACGCGGACGCCAUCCGCACGAAGGACGCAUCGUACGUGUUUGGCAGCCGGCGGCGGCUUUCGUCGUCGUCAUCGUCGCUCGGUGGCAGCUUCGAUUGUGGCACGGUGCGGCGCCGGUUCCGGCAGAUCAAGCUGGUGAAGCAGCAGGCCGACGACACGAUCGGGAUCGAGCUGACACCGCAAACGAUCGGUCUGGACGAGGGCGAGUGCGAGACGCGCUAUCUGGUCACCGAGAUCGACCCGGAAGGCAUCGCGUACAAGGACGGCCGAUUGCGUGUCGGCGACGAGAUUGUGAACGUAAACGGGCACCAUUUACGUGGCCUGCAGUCUCCCAGCACGGUCCAGCGGAUCCUCUCGACAUUUGUCAACAAUGUCGUAGACCUUGUCAUUGCACAUGACGAGUUAACUACGUUCAGCUCUGACGCCAACCGAAAGUUCAAGAUGGACGCCCGGCCCCCGGCCGGCGGUGGUCCUGCGGUGGUCAGUUCCGGUGCGAUAUCGAUCACUUCCACCUGCUCGACGCCCGCGUCUUCAUCGCCCAUCGCAAGCACCAGCGGCACCGACCCGUCGUCGUCAUCGUCGUCCUCCUCGGGCUCACCGAGAACGGGGGCGGGCGGGUGCCCCGGUAAACCGUUCCCCCUGACCCCGAUCUACGCCCCGUCCGACUACGUGCCGGUGUACGCGAACCGCAUCUCGAUCUCGAACACGAUCUGUGACGACGAAAAGUGGCAGAUGAUCAGCAAGCAGCGGCUGGAGGCGCUGGCCAAGAACGGCUACUCGCGGAUCCUCGGUUCGCAGCGGCUCAUCAAAGACAGCGACGAGGAGGAACCGCCGCUGGCCACGGGCAAAACGCUCGAUCCGAACGAAACCGGCCUCUACUCGCUGUACCGGCCGAUUUCACACGGCAGCAUCCACCAAUCGAUACGGCACCUCACGAACGGGGACGCCGCCGGUGGACGGGCGUCGAUCGCGGAGGCGCCUCCCGCCGUGAUGCAGGUGCAGGUGAUCUCCGACACGAUCCGGCGCCACGUGCCGAUGCGCCAGAAGGCGACGCUCAAGAGCGAGGAAGACCUACACCGGUCGGUGCACCGGAUUCGGCUCGCCUCGGACAGUAUGGGCUCACAGGACGGGCUCGGUGGGACGGAGGGCAAUCCCUUGCAGCGGUCCAAAACGGAGAACAAUAUCAGUGGCACCGGGACGGACGAGAUGGUGGACGGCUCGGGUGGGCUAGACGGCACCAAGUUCGAGUCCGGCGUUCGGAUACUGAUCAACGAGGAAGGAUCAUCCUAUAUCGAAGGAAUACACAAGUGCAUCUACCUGACGGUCACCUUCUACAAAGGAACCGGCAUGAAGUCGCUCGGCUUCAGCAUCGUCGGUGGCCGGGACUCGCCGCGAGGUAACAUGGGAAUCUACGUGAAGACGGUUUUCCCGAGCGGCCAGGCCGCGCUCGAUGGGACGCUAAAGGCCGGAGACGAAAUACAGUCCAUCAACGAGGACGCAGUGCAGGGCAUGAGCCACGCGGAGACGAUUGCACUGUUCAAGAACGUUAAGGAAGGUCCGGUGGUGCUCAAGCUGGCCAGAAGACGAUAUCAUCGCGCCAAAUCCGUGGACAAUCUACCGAACUGAGAGGCAGUGCCGCGCUUGCGACGAACGAUUUCAACGAUUUCCAUCCUACACCGAGACCACAUUAUUUAUUAUUCUUUCCACGCGCCCGCGCAGCGCUCGGACGCGAGCGACACACUUCCAUUCUAGUCACCUGUUCCGCUUGUUUGUCUUGAUUUUUAUUUUUGCAACAGUAGUUUUGCCUCAUCGAGUUUUCAUUCGCCUUGCCGACACAUUACUUUUAGAUUUCAACGCGUUUUGCGCACCAUCUUAGAUAUCUACCGCACGAUCCGGGGCCGAUCGUUGAAUGAAUUUAAACACAAAUGACCGCGAUGUUGCCGCGAAAAUUGGAUGUCACGUUCAUAGCCCCCUCUGUACAUAAACGUGCGCCGACGAUCUAUGAUCCCCACGAUCGUCGCGAGCGAAGCACAAUGAAAUCGGAUCAGUUUUUCUGGGGUAACACCGCAACGUACCCCUAGAAGCCUAGACGUAAGAGGAUACACUGUACAAAGCGUAAAUGUAAAUUUUGAACGAGAA